CACUGCUUCCACUGGUCAAUCUCUGUCUCCAUUCGAACACGCCUCUUACGAGAAAUCCGGCAAGGGUUUCUGUUUGUUUUGCUCCCUCUUCGGAACCUGACCACCUCGACCAAAACCCAGAAUUGGGCUCCACUACACGCUUUCCUACAGGCUCAGCUUUCCUCAUGCAGAAAGUUGCCAGGGCCCAGGACUCGGAGUGAAGACAAGACAACGACGCACAGGCUGCACAUCGCUUGAGUCGAGAGCGGAUCAUACGAGAGAUAAGGAGGACAAAAGCUAGGCAAACCUUGGGAUCGCAAGCGCGUUGUUGAUCGCACUCUUAGAGUUAGUCCAGGAGACUUCACGGAGGUUGCAGCGGAAGUAUCAUUGCAUAGGCUUUGAAUUCUUGGUGCAUGCUGCGUCUUGAUUGUGGACCUGCCAUUGAAGGAGAAGGUGUUUGUAGGACGUCAUCAUGUUUUUCCCUGGUUAUAAUGGUGGUGGGCCCUUUGGCGGCCCGGGCGGGGGUUUCCCUUUCGGAGGGCCCAUGGGCCAGCAAAGAUUCGAGCAGAGCUAUCGUGUGUACCCUGUCUCAUUCAUUGACAAGCCGCACCUGGAGAGUGGGGACAAAAUUAUCAUGCCUCCCUCAGCACUUGACCGGCUUGCGUCCCUUCACAUCGACUACCCCAUGCUUUUUGAGGUGACCAACCCGGCUGAGGGCAACAAGUCACACUGCGGAGUGCUGGAGUUCAUUGCAGACGAGGGCGCUGUCUACAUGCCAUACUGGAUGAUGCAAAAUCUGCUGCUGUCGGAGGGAGACCUGGUGCGGCUUAAGAGCGCCACGCUGCCCAAGGGGACGUACGUUAAGCUGCAGCCGCACACGUCGGACUUCCUCGAUAUCUCCAACCCGAAGGCUGUCCUGGAGACGACGCUGCGCUCCUUCUCGUGCCUCACGACGGGCGACAACAUCAUGAUGGCGUACAACAACAAGAAGUAUUACAUCAACAUCGUCGAAGCCAAGCCCGGCCCCGCCAUCUCCAUCAUCGAGACCGACUGCGAGGUUGAUUUUGCGGCGCCCCUGGAUUACAAGGAGCCAGAGCGAGUUCCACGCCCGGCCCCGCCGGUGGCAGAGCCAAAGGCAGGCGCGCCGAAAGCAGGAGCCGAACCGGAGCCCGCCCCAGAGGAGCCCAAGUUCACUCCCUUCACCGGCUCCGGAAAGAGGCUCGACGGGAAGGCCCCGAAAACGUCACCGUCUCCUUCGACGGGAGCCGCGGCAGCGGCGGCGGCGCGAGCAGGAACCUCAUCAGCCCCUCCGCGAACGGGGACCAACCCGGCGCCCGCGGCCGCUCCCGCGGAGGCGCCAAGAAGAGCGUCGGGGAAGCUGGUGUUUGGGGCGGGAGGGGCCGCCGCUGCACCAAAGGUCCCAGCUUCGGACAAGGGGAAAGCACCGGACAAAGGAAAAGGUCCCGAGAAACCAAAGGAGCCCGAGGAGAAAAAGUCCAGCUUUGCGGCUUUCUCCGGCAAGGGUUACUCUUUAAAAGGCUGAUGAUCCACAUUGAAGAUGUCCUUUGUACAUAGAUUCUUUGCUGACUUGUUCAAGCCAAGAGCCUGCCUCAAGCACGCACAAUGGAAGCACCUUUUUUUCGCUCAAUGGUGCCAGCAAUCAUGAUGGACUUUCCCACUCACACGGGC